UCAGUGGAUUGCCCCUAAGUCGACGAGUUGGAAAUUGCAACCGAGGGUUUUAGCUGUUCUUAGCUCCUUGCCAUCGCCGAUUAGUUCCGAUUCUCAGUUGCAGCAGGUUCUUCGAUUGUUGCUAAAAAUCACAGAAAAUACUUCUACGUUGUGAGUUUGAGAAUUCACAGAAAAUGGAAGCGGGAGACGAUGGAGUCGAGAGUCUGGUAGAUUCGAAGGAUAUGCAGCAACAGAGCAAAGCCUUCGAUAAGCUCACUGAUCGCGUUGAAGACCGGCAACUCGAUUCCACUCGUGUUCAAGAGGCAAUGGCAUCUAUUGCUGCAUCGGCCGAAGCUGAUUGGAACGCGAUGAUGUUGAGAGAAAAGGAGCUUGCUGCUGUCAAAAUAAACGCAGCUGAUGUCGACAUAAUCGCAAACGAACUCGAGUUGGACAAGAAGGUUGCCGAGAGAACCUUGCGAGAGCACAAAGGCGACGCGGUUGCUGCUAUACGGUAUUUACUACGCUGAUUCAGCAGGUGUUUGAAGAGACUCUGUUUACUUAUUACUUGAAGUUUUACUGGGAAAACUAUUCUGAAGUGUAGUGAGAAUCAUAAACUUACUUUUUGUGAGUUCAGAUUGUAUGGAAAUGCUGGAAGUUUCUUCUUUUUUCUUCUUUGUAAACCUUAAAUAUUAGUUCUAAAUCUCUUUGCUGAAGGGGGGUUCGAUGAAAG